AUGAGUGAUGGAAGCUCUAUGGAAAAAAAUUUAAAGCAGGACUCUCCUGUUGAAAAUACACUUACAGUAACAUCCCCAUAUGAGAAUGACAAACCUUCAACUUCAGGAUCAAGAUGGGAAGCAUUCAAGGACUCCUUUAAAAGACCAGAACUUGGUAAUGAAGUCAAUAUGGAUGAAGCCAAUGAUUUCCAAAGAAGUUUAAAACAACGUCAAUUGCAAAUGAUUGCGCUUACAGGAUGUGUUGGUUCUGGAUUAUUGGUGGCUUCAGGUAAGGCUUUAUCGAAUGGUCCAGCAUGUGUUUUAGUGGCUUGGGCUGUGGUUUCAUCCUUUUUAUAUUGUACUAUGCAAAGUCUUGCAGAACUUGGUGCUACAUUCCCAGUUUCUGGUUCAUUUGCUACAUUUGCUACAAGAUUUAUUGAUGAUUCAUGGGGGUUUGCUGUGGGUUGGAAUUAUGCUAUGUUUUGGAUUAUGGUUUUACCUUUGGAAUUGGUGGCUUCAUCUUUAACUAUUCAAUUUUGGAAAUCUAAAAUCAAUUUGGAUGUUUGGAUCACUAUAUUUUACCUUGGAAUCUUAGUAUUAAACCUUGCUGGUAAUAAGGGAUUUGGUGAAUUUGAAUUCAUUGCUGCUUUAAUUAAACUAGCAGCUAUUGUUGGUUUCAAUAUUUUAAGUAUUGUUUUGAUCUGUGGUGGUGGUGACGAAGGAUUCAUUGGUGCAAAAUACUGGAGAGAGUUUGGUGCAUUCACCACGGGGUUUAAAGGAUUUGUUUCUGUGUUGAUUACUGCCGUCUAUUCUUUGGCAGGUACAGAAUUGAUUGGUUUGACUGCUUCUGAAGCUAAAGAUGCAAGAAAGACUUUACCUAAAGCCAUUAAACAAGUUUUCUGGAGAAUAAUUUUGUUCUAUAUGAUUACAUUGACUUUAAUUGGGUUCCUUGUUGCUCCAAAUAACCCAGAGUUGAUUGGCGCUUCUUCAGAUGCUUCUGCUUCUCCGUUUGUUAUUGCUAUCAGAAAUGGGGGGAUUAAAGUUCUUCCUUCAAUUUUCAACGUUGUGGUUUUGAUUGCUUUACUUUCAAUUGCCAACUCUUCAGUUUAUGGUUGUUCUCGUACUUUGGUUGCUUUAUCUCAACAAGGAAUGGCACCAAAGAUCUUAAAUUACGUUGAUAGAAAAGGUAGACCAACCGUUGCGUACAUUCUUGUUUUUUUUGUUGGUCUUUUAUCAUUCAUCUCUGCGUCAAAGAAAAGAGAAGUUGCUUUCGAAUGGUUAAUGGCAUUAUCAGGUCUUUCAAGUCUUUUCACAUGGUUCUCCAUUUGUUUGAGUCAUUACCGGUUUAGAUUGGCCAUGAAACACCAAGGCCGUUCCCUUGGUGAGCUUCCUUAUUUGGCAUUAACUGGUACAUGGGGUUCCAUUUAUAGUAUGGUAUGCUUGGUGGUUAUCCUUUGUCUUCAAUUCUGGACUUCAGUCUGGCCCUAUAAGCAAAAACCAAACGUUACCGCAUUCUUCGAAAAUUACUUGGGAGCAAUCGUUGUUUUGGUAUUCUUUAUUGGACAUAAGAUUUACAAACGCAAAUUUUUUGAUUACGUCAAAUUAGAAGAUGUUGAUUUAGAUUCAGGAAGAAAUGUCAUUGACAUGGACUUGUUGAUGCAAGAAAUUGCUCAGGAAAAGGAAGCAUUAAGACAUUUGCCUUGGUACAAGAAAGUUUUGAACUUCUUGUUUUAA